AUGAACUAACAGAGAUGUCCCAACAAAUAGCAUAAUUUAUAUCGACAUUAAGCAAUUAGAUAUAAAGAUGAUACAAUCAUAGAUUCCACCCACACUAAAUCAUAAACUUCGGAUUAGAGUAUUAAAUUAAGAAUAAUUUGAGAAAUGUCCAAAAUCUCAGAAAUAAAAGUUGUUAAUGAUUUUUCAAUUGAUUCUUAAUGUUUAGAUCGUAGUAGUAUUCUAGAAUAAUCAUUGGAAAAUGAUUUGCGUUAAUGGCAAUAAGAAUAUAAGAUUGAUAAUUUGAUUGUUUAAAAACUUGAAAAAGGUUCAAUUUAUAAAUUAUGAUUAGAAAUAAAAGAUAUUGAUAAUUAAAUAGUUUAGAUUGCAACUUAAUUUGAUGUUUGUAUGAAUUUGCAAUAAAAAACAGAAGCGAAAUUUAAAGAAUUUUAAUAACUUAUGAAGGGUACAUAAUUCAUAAAGUUUUCUCGUUCAAAUUGUAAGAAAUGGGAUUAAAGAAUGAUAUUUUAUUGUUCUUUUUUAGAUUCAAUAUGUUGGAAAUCAAAUUCUACUAAAUUUCCAACAGCCAAAUAAACUAUCCCUAUAGAUUCUAUUAUAUAGAUUCAUACAAAUUAUAAUAAGUAAAGAUAUAUCUUUUAUAAUAUAGAUAUAAAUUAAUUAAAAAGAAUUUUGUUUUACCUCCAAAUGCUGAAUAAGAUUGUUUUUUAGCAAUUGAAGCAAAAAAUGGUAUUAGAUUAGAAUUACUUGCAGAGAAUAAAGAAGAUUAAUUAUUAUAUGCUAAAAUUUUGAAUUUAUUAAUAAACAAGGAAAGAAACAUUAAAAACUAAAAUUAAUAUAUAAUUGAACAAUAUUGUAUGGAUAUUAAUUUAAUAAGAAAAGUAUUUUAUAUUAAUUUAUGAAACUAGAAUUUAGAGGGAUCCAAAAAGAAUUUCUUAGAAACAAUAGAUAAAUUACAAUAAAGUUUUAUUUCAACUACUUCAACACUCUUGAAAUAAGAGAGAGAGAAAACUAAAACAAUUAAAAAGAAAUCUUAACAUUAUGCUUUUUAGAGUAAAUUAUAAUUGGAAGAUAUGAAUAAAGAAAAUAAAAUGUAGAAAAAAUAAAUAAAAGAAUUGCAAUUAGAAAAUGAUUAUUUAGAAAGUAGAAUAGAAUAAUUAUAAGAAUAUUACACUUAAAGAUAAUUAUAAAUUAAGACUUCAACUAAUCCUUAAUAAGUUUAAUUAUAUCAAAUAAUAAAAGAUAUAAUUGGUAUGAAUGGAGAUCAAAGUAUUCAUAAUGAAUCAUAAUAUGAAUAUUAACCAUAAGAUUAUCAUGAAGAAAAUAUCAAAAAUUUAAAAAAGCUUUCUACUCUAUAUGAUAGAUAACAUAGUAAUGAAUUAGAAUUAAGAUAAUUCAUUAAAGAAUUACAGGAAGAGAAAUCUUCAAUAGCAAAUUAAUUAUAAUAAUCACAAUUAGAUUUACAUGAAUAAGAAAUGUAUAUAAUUGAAUUAGAAAAUAUAAAUAAUCUAUUAUAAACUAAAUUAUAAGAUGUGAAUUAAAUUUUAGAAUUUAAAGAAUAGUAGUUUUCUAAUUUAGUUUAGGAUAUGUAAAAAUUACAAUAAGAAAUACCUAAAUUAAUGUGUAAUAAUAAUUAAAAUACUUUAAAUAUUGAAACUAGAAGAUUAUAAACUGAAAAUGAUAAAUUAAAAGAUACUAUACAUACUAAAAUAAAGGAAUUAAAAAAGUAAACAUUAUUAUAAUUAUUUUAGUUAAAUGUUAAAAGAAGAAUAAAAUUGGAUGAAUUUUUAUGUUUAAAUGAUUUCUUACAUUUGUUAUUACAUUUGUCCAGAUGAUUUAUCAUCUGAUAUUAAUAUUACUAUUCAAGGAUUGUAUUAUAAAUUGUGUGAAAAAGCUUAUGGAGAAUCAUAAUCUUAAUUGGAUAAUUUAAUCAAUUUAAUUAGACAAAAAGCUAAUUUCUUUUAAAAAUAAUAUAAAGAAUAAUUUGAAUAAUUGUUUAAGGAUUAAUAAACAAUAUUAUGUAAUAUAGUAUCAAGUAUUAAAUAAAAUCUAAUUUUUAGGAUUACCAUCUCCAAAAACUACUAAUUCAAGAUAAUCAUCUCAUUUAACUUUAUAAUUAGAUAAGACAUUUUAAUCUCCAAGUAGAGUUUUUGUGAAAAAUAAGGCUAAGUUGAGUAAAGAUAAUCAUCCCUUGGAUUCCAUAUAAAUAUAAUAUUUGACUUAAUUAAUUAAAUGA